GACCCGUUCCUGGUAUGGCUGAUGCAGCUGUUGUGACCGUCCUGCGCAGCCUCUGCAUCACAGCCAUCUCUGCCAUGAAGAUCACUGGGGGUCUCCUUCUGCUCUGCACAGUCACCUAUCUCUGCACCUGCUCAGAAGCUGCUAGUCUGCCUUUAAAAAAGGUGGACUGCAGCAUUUACAAGAAGUACCCAGUGGUGGCCAUCCCCUGCCCCAUCACAUACAUGCCUGUUUGUGGUUCUGACUACAUCACUUAUGGAAAUAAAUGCCACUUGUGUAUCGAGAACUUGAAGAGUAAUGGAAAAGUUCAGUUUUUGCACGAAGGAAGAUGCUAACUUCUCCAACGUGGAUACAGAGCAAGGACAUCAUCACUGUCAUCUUCACCAUCCCUGGGCCCCGACUGCCUUUUCCCUCAUUUUGGCAGAGGUUCCCAGUGGGGGUGGGGGGGGGGGAGCAGAGGCAGAUUCAGAGUCAUCUUUGUUGGGUGAAGAAAGCUGUGCUCUCCUUCAGACUCCUGCCUCACUGACUGACAAACAUGUCAAAAUAAACUGAAAAAGUACUAUGAAAUUCUAACAAUUCAUUGUUGAGUUCUAAGUAUCAAAUAAAAUACUUAUGCUUAUUAAAAA